CCCGGUGCUGGGAAAGCAAGGAGGGCGGGAGUGUCCUCGCGGGCGCUUGCCGUCGCCUCAACUGAAUGAGCACGACCGCGACGUCGCCACUGCGGAGCAAGGCUGCUGCAUGGGCGAGUGGGGAGACGCACCCCGGCGCUUGAUCACAUCACAUUCCUGCGAAGGCUUUGGCUACUUCUUCGAGGUCUGGCGCAUUUCAAUUGCCGUGCGAGGGAUCUCUAUCUCCACUCAAGAGCUCGCCUGGCUGGGUGGUUGAGUGAGUUGGUGCGUAAUGGAGCCUCUGCCUGCAGCAGCAGCAGCAUUAGCUGUGGUGUCCUUCGAUCGUGGCUCUGGAUGAUUCCUGAUUUCUUGCUUCCUCGCUUUUGCGCACUGCGAGGUCACUAGCGCAAUUAAGAGUGUCAGCUGUGUCAUCAAGUGGUGGCUGCAGCUUAGAUUGGUGGUCUGGUUGUUAUCUGGUCAUGAAGAGGUUGUGGCUAUGGUGGUGUUGUAGGCGGAAAGUGGUCUCGCUGUUGUAGUGGCAGUGUGUGUGGUGAGGUUUUGAGCAAAGUAGAGAUUCCGUGUAGGAGCUUAGAGUAGCUUUAGCUAGGCCGUGAACCUUGUUCCAGGGUACGGCUUGCGAGCUCUGCUGUGGGUCGUCAAAUGAUAGCUGGUCGCAGAUGCUGAUGCCUUGUUUGCAGCCCCUCAUUGUGCCUUUAUUUCGAGGAUUGCCCUGGUGCGUCAAGUUUCUGCUGUUGAGAGAAGUUUUGGUUUGAGAGUUGAGCUUCGGAGUGUGUGUUUGUGUGUGUUUAUCUUAUUUUAUUUUUCAUGUUCACUUCUGUGCCUUCCUGUCCCGGGUUUUGUUGUCUCCGUAUCUUUUUCUUCGGUGGUCACGAGUUGGGGUGCAGAGGGUGCAGGGAUUAUGGUCCGGUACAGAGGUGAUCAUCGUCUUGUACAAAUUGUGGUGAUGCUUGGUUUCCUGUGUCCUGAGUCGUAUUCUCAUCGUAUCUGUCCCAGUUGUGUCUCCUGGCCGCUCUGUACAUCGAACAUGGAGCCGCAUUCAAUGGACUCAAGGUUUGAAUCGCAGCGUCGUUCUGUGAGUUGCGGUGCUCGGGGAUCCUUUGACCUGGUGUUUGCGAUGGAGCGACAGUGAAAGCGUCCUUGAUCAGCUGCGUUUCGUUUCGUUUCGUUUCGUUUCGCUUCGAUCCUUCCCACCUGCAGGUCCCAUUGGACAGCUGGGAACCUGCGAAUUUUACGUGUAAGCAGUAUUGGAAGUGCUGCAUCUCCAACCAGUCGUCGAGAAUUGACUAGUUUUGGUCGGUGUUUGGGUUUUUGAUUUUUAAUUUAGCAAGGGCGCAGAAGGAAAGGCAUACGAUUGAGGGCAGCUUUUAGAUUGUUGUGGGCUUCAUUCACCGGGUGAAACUAGAUUUCUCUCACAGUUGGGUCGGCACAGCGGAGAAUUCAGCCAUGUCUGAGGUGGCAUCCUGGGGAGAUUCUCCGCAGUUAAGCAACAAGAAGGGGAAGAAUAGACUGGCGAAUGAAUCCACGCCUAGUACGGAAUGUAAAUUCAAUCUGCUGCCGGAGCCAAUUAUUGAGUCGAUAUUUAAUCGGGUAGAGGCUAGGGGCGACCGCAACGCAAUGUCCCAGGUGUGCAAGCUGUGGCAGAAAAUGGACGGCAUGACGAGGAAGAAUAUCUACAUCUCCAACUGUUACUCCAUUGCACCAUCCGACGUUUCGAGACGGUUCAAAAGCUUGCAGAAAAUCAAAAUUAAGGGAAAGCCAAGAGCGUAUGAAUUCGGCCUUCUGGUCGAGCGCUGGGGCGGUCACGCAGGUCCAUGGAUUGGGGAGAUGUCUCGUGCCUACCCCGAACUCCUGGGGCUUUCCAUGCGUCGCAUGGACGUCACGGACAAUGAUUUGAGAAUUCUCGCCUCGAGAUGCCCCAAACUGCAGAAAUUAAAGCUGCACAAGUGUUGUGGGUUCAGCACCGGGGGUCUUGAGCACAUCACACGGUCCUGCAGAACCUUGCGAGUGCUUGACAUAGAAGAAAGUGAUGAUAUAGAAGACACCGGUGGGCCGUGGUUGGAGUUGCUAGAAAAUAGUGACGGCAGAUUGGAGAGUUUGAACAUAGCCUCUGCAGGAUUGGAGGAGGAGAACAUAAAGGAGGUGCUGCCAGUGGUAGGGCGCUCGCUGAAGUGCAUCUCUUCCCUCAAGGUCAGCGACAUGGAGCUGGGCAGUUUUUUUAAAAUCCUGGAUAACAGCAAUGUGCCUGUGGUUGAGCUUGGUCUUGGCUGCUAUUGUUCAAGCCCGGAAGACCCAAAGGAACUGGCGUCCUCGUUCGCUCUGCGCUUAUCAAAGGUCAAGGUUCUUGACCUCAAGUUUGCCACGUUGAACGCUGAAAUCCAGAUCGAGCUCUUGAGGCAUUGCUCUUCUCUUGAAGAGCUUGAGCUGCGAAGUGCGGUAGGGGACAGGGGAAUGCAGGUGAUUGGCGAGACUUGUAAGCAAUUGAAGAGGAUCAGAGUUGAUCAAGACACUUCAGAGUACAUGACAGACUAUAUUACACAGAAGGGGAUGAUUGCCAUCUGCGAAGGGUGUCGAGAGCUCGACUUCUUAGUCAUGUACCUUUCUGACGUUAACAAUGAAGCACUUGCAGCAGUUGGACGAUGCCUUCCGAAACUCACCGACUUCCGCAUUGUGUUGCUUGAGGUUCGGAACGACGUGAAGGACUUGCCGCUUGACGAGGGCGUCCGCUUGCUCCUCCAAGGCUGCCCAAUCCUGACACGGUUCUCAGUGUACUUGCGGCAAGGCGGUUUGUCGGACAAAGGCGUAGGAUACAUAGGGCAAUUCGGCACUAAGCUAAAGUGGGUCCUCUUGGGCUGCUCUGGCGAAACUGACAAAGGGCUGCGUCUUAUGGCUGAAGGUUGUCGGCAGCUUGAAAGGCUGGAGCUUCGUUGCUGUCCCUUCACUGAGCUGCAACUUGCAUCUUCAAUCUUAAACAGCUGGCGACAUUUGAAAUACCUGUGGGUCCAGGGCGUCGGCGCUACGUCGGGUCUAGGUGUGGAUCUAGUGACCCAUAAGAGUGGGUUUCUUGUUGAGUUCAUGGGGGAGACCCAGCAGAUUCUGGGGUAUUACUCUGCCACCCGCCCUCGCACAGACAACCCUAGGUCUGUGUGCUUGAUUAACUAUGUACCUCCGGAAGAUAGGCCCGAAGCGGAUGCAAAGGGAUUUCAGGGAAAUACUCAUGCAUCCCAGGGCGAUGCUCACAGUUUCUACUCCGACUAUGCAGAUGGAUACGUACGUAAUUCGUGCUCUGAAGCAGAGGCAUUUUAUCCUGGAUUUAAUGAGAACAACCUCUAUCCUGACGCUGAUGAGAAUGCAUUCUACACUGGAGUUGUUGACGCUGGGCUCUACCUUGGAGUCGGCGACAGUUGUGGCUAUCCUGAAUUUGGUGAGGACGAAGCUUUCAUAUACUAGCUAUAAGCAUUUUCACAUACAGCUACUGGAAAGGAAUGUGCAUUCGGGAGUUUCUUUUACUGUUUGUAACCAGUUUGAAGAUGGCGAUUUGUAUGAUGAUCACGAAGAGGGAACAAGUGAUGUAGGCGGGUUCUUUUGGGGUUGGCCCUCUUAGGACUCCUGGCACCCUGUCCAUCUUUAUAGAAAUUGCAUAUUACAAGAGCAGGUGACAACUAAGGGCUGGUUGAUGCCCUGUUCUGUGGAGAGUUUGGCAAUGUAACGUUCACAAUCUAUUCAAGACUUCCCUUGACGUUCCCCCGAGUGCCAUUUCCACACCAGAAAUCUCAGGCUCUUGCCAGACACUGGAUCAGCUUCCGGACGAUGUCCACGACGGAAUUGUUUGUGAACUCAACUUUACAUCCGAACAAGCCGAGCUGGACCUGGUCAUUUCAGUGGCCUUUCUGCAUUGGUUAUGAUUUGAGAAAGUAACUAUUCACCAAUUUGGCACAAAUGAACCUCCUGUUUUCAGGUUAUUACUGGCAUUCCGUGACAAACACCACCUCACCGUGGCAUGUGGAAACCAUUAAAAACUGAGGUCUUCCCUACCUGCUAGAAAUUCUAGGUUUUACAGAGGCUUUCUUGCGUGUCAUAUACCAACUGCGGAUCUCUGGCCCCUAGCUGUGGAGGGGAACAAAGUAUUUCUGUAAUUCCUAUUGUAUAUGAAGUGUUUUGUACUUGGCUACAUCGUCA